GUAAUGAAUUAACCAAUAAUGGGUCUUCGUGAAUACUAGCAACUAAUUGUCCAUUCCACAGCACGAUUCAGAAUAUCUAUUUCGAGAUGUACACCGGCUACCGUUUUAAGCUGGAGUGCCGUAAAUCAAAGCACCUGCAACAGAGUAGCGAUACCUUUACGACAGCCGAUGAUCUCUAGCACAUGCAUAUCACGGUUGGUUUGUUCGAUUUGCCGCUCAGUAUGAUAGUCAAACUAAGGUGAGCCUCAGUGACACGGUCCGGUAUUGAAAUGAUUCGGUUAAAAUUUUUGCUGCUUCACUUCGUCAGUAUCAUUAUGAUCGGCUUAACAUGUGAACGUAACGCCGCGCUGUACAGUGUAACACCAAAAUCACAAGAACAAGUGCGUUAUUUGAGAACACUGGAUUUGAACAAUGGCUCACUCGAUUUUUGGGUACUAACGACGUUAAUAAAUUACGAAGCCCACAUAAAAGUACCGGUUAAUGAUGUUUCGAACUUUCGAGAUGAUUUGGAACAACAUGGCAUGCAACCAACAGUAGUAAAUCCAAAUUUAACUUCGUGCAUAAAUUAUACGCGUUCUGAACGAUUCGCACGGUAUAAUUCGAUCGAGUCUUUGGAUAUCACGAAAACCUAUCUGAGAUACAACACAAUGAAUCAGUACAUUGAUUACUUGGGCCGGAAGUAUUCCGAUAUCGUCACUAUCAGCACGGUAGGAAGUUCAUAUGAGAAUCGACCUCUUCGAACAGUCACCAUAUCACAACAGCGGAACUCAUUUAACAGACACACGAUUCUUAUCGACGCCGGCAUACACGCGAGAGAGUGGCUCGCUCCCGCCACCGCUCUCUACGUCAUAGAUCAGCUUGUUCAGCACACAGACAGAAACCGUGAUCUGUUGGAAAACGUUACGUGGGUUAUACUGCCACUCGUCAAUCCAGACGGUUAUGAAUACUCUCUGAUGAAGGACAAAUAUUGGCGGAAAAAUCGUCAUCCGCUUAGACACUGUGUAGGAUCCGACGCUAAUCGCAACUUCGAUUUUCACUGGGCUGAAAAAGGAGUUUCACGGCACGAAUGCAGCCAAACCUAUCCAGGCCCGAAACCAUUCUCCGAAUCGGAGGCAAGAGUCGUCCGCCGAUUGCUGCUAUCGAAAAACGAUUCAAUCAUGUUCUAUCUAACUUUACACUCGUAUGGCCGCUAUCUCAUGUAUCCUUGGGGCUACCGGAAAGGGCUUCCCCAGACAUGGCGGACAAUGGACGCCGUAGCUCGUGCGGGAUCCGCAGCCAUGAAACAAUCGCACAACGUAAAUUACAAGGUCGGCGGAGCGGGCAAAAUCCUCUACGAAGCUUCGGGAGGCAGCGAUGACUACGCACUAGCUGUUGCGCAAAUACCAAUCGCACUUAUCAUGGAACUUCCCGGUGAUGAGAGAGGGUUUCACCCGGCGGUGAGUAAGUUGCAGCCCUUCCUCGAGGAGGCAUUCAGUGGCAUACGCGCAAUGGCUCUCAAGGUGAUGCAGAUUAUGGUAUAAGUGGUAUACGCUAUAAAAUAUUGCUCGACCAGGUGCAGUUUAUGAUGGUUUUGUUUAAGAAAGAAAUAUUCCACAAUCCACCGUUUCAACAAGUUUUAUACAAGUGCCUUCAUAUUCAAGUAUUGUUAUUUUAACAAGGUUGGCUUAUUGAAAGUAAAUCUAUCUUUAAUACUGAUUUGUUUUCUAAGCAGAAGAUGAUAUUUCAC